UGCUUUCUAGAGGACAGACUAUAUGAAGAUUCUGAGGAAUCUUCAGAAUGUUACAUUGCCAGCGAAUAUUACAGAAUUUCAGGAUUUCCUUAAGAAGUCUCCCACCUCCCUAAACAUAAUCAGAAAAGGAUCAACAAAACUACUAUGUGCAUGAUAUCAUGAAAAAAGACAACCAAUCCUGUUUGAAAGAGUUCAUCCUUCUUGGCUUCUCAGAUUUUAAGCUUAUGAAAGAACUUCUGUUUUGUCUGGUUCUAACAUUUUACCUCAUGGCUUUGGUCGGCAACAGCCUGGUUUUGACCCUCACCAUUGCCAGUCCCACACUCCACACCCCAAUGUACUUCUUCCUCUGGAACUUGUCCUUUUUGGAAAUUGGCUACACCUCCACCAUCAUCCCAAAGAUGCUAGUAAAUUUGUUAUCAGAGAAUCAGACUAUAUCCUUUUGGGGCUGUGGGUGUCAAAUGUGCUUCUUUCUUCUCUUCAGUGUCACUGAGUGUUGUCUUCUUUGUGCUAUGGCAUAUGACCGUUAUGUUGCCAUUUGCAAACCCUUGCAAUACCCCUGUAUCAUGAACGACAAGAAAUGUGCUAACCUAGCUGCCAUCUCAUGGACCUUUGGCGCUUGUGUGAGUUUGGGACAAUCUAUUUCAAUCUUCACUCUUCCCUUCUGUGGGUCAAAUAGAAUCAGCCAUUUCUUCUGUGAUCUUAUGCCUGUUCUGAGACUGACUUCUAUCAAUACCUACAAAAAUGAAGUGGCCAAUGCAACACUAACUGUGGUAUUUGUCCUGGUACCUCUUUUGCUCAUCCUCUUUACUUACGUCCUCAUUGUCUCCACUAUUCUCACAAUGCCAGUGGCCACGAACAGGCACAAAGCAUUUUCUACUUGUUCCUCACAUCUCAUGGUUGUUUUCAUUUUCUUUGGAACCAUCAUUAUUACCUACAUUCAUCCCAAUUCAGCAUCUUCUGAGGAUGAUAACAGGCUCCUUGCCCUGCUCUACACGGUAGUGACCCCAAGCCUGAACCCCAUCAUUUAUAGCUUGAGGAAUAAAGAGAUAAAAGCUGCUUACAAAACAUCAGUAGCAAGGAAAUGGGUCUUUUUAAGGUAACAAUCCAAUAUAAUAAUCCAAUAAUAAUUGACAUCCCAUUUCAUCUUUUCUAGAAAUCACCAUCUCAUUCAAACAUUUAUGCAAUAGAAGGAAUGCUAGAAAAUGCUAGUGGCUACUAUCAGCCUUUAUUCUAGAAUGAUUCAGAUCUGGGGAUAAAUUUAUUUAAAGGGAAGAGACCUGAAUAGGAAUAGCUAUAGUAUUUAGACAUAUGCUGCUUCAUAAUCUUUUACAGCACUCUCUAAAAUAUUUAAAGUGUCAGCAUAUUGCCCGCAAACAUUUGGAUCCUCACUUUACUAAACAUGGAAGGAUGGAACUGAGUCAACUUUGAGCCUGUUAGGAUCAAACUCCUAGCAGUGGGCAGAGUUAGCCUGCAAUACUACAUUCUAACCAUCGCACUGCCAGGGCUCUUGAAAGGAAAAUUAAAUUUACUAUAAUGAUUGAAUGCAAUAAAAGUGUUGAUUGGCCAUUUUCUUGGAACUGUGAUGUCAAAAUCAGGUAGAAACAGGAGCCAUAAGGAUCCCCACAAGGGAUAUAGUGACUUAAACCAUAUAUGCUUAUAAAUCUCUUUGAUUAUUAUUAUUGCAUCAACACAACAAUCAGAUAUGAAGUAGAUGUAACUAAAACAUAGAAAUAAACAUUAUUAUGAAUGUGA